UCAAUCGAGGUAAAUUUAGAUUUUAGAUGGAAAUCAUGGAAUCUUUGUAAUUUUCUGAGCGAAAUAUGAAGCGAAACAGGCGAAAAUAAAGGAAACGAUGGAGAGUACACAAUUUUCUGGGAAAAAUUUCUACGAAGUGUUAGGUGUUGAUCCUGAUGCCACCCAAAAUGAAAUAAAAAAGAUGUACCAAGCUUUAGUCUUGAAGUACCAUCCGGAUAAAUAUGAUGUGGCAAACAUUACAUGCACAAGCGAUGAAGCUAAGGAUUAUUUUUACCUUAUUGACAAAGCAUGGAAGACAUUGAAUGAUCCCAAGUCUCGCAUUGAAUAUGAUGAAAUGUUGAGAGAUGAGAAGUUAGACCAAGACUUCCCAGUUAAUGCAGAAGUUAAACUUUCCGAAAUGGAAUUUGAUGAAGAAUAUGAGCAUUACACAUGGCCUUGUCGCUGCAGUGGUUCAUACGAAUUUACGAAUGAAAAUUUAUACAAGGAAGAGAAUAUCAUUUGCUGUACAACAUGUUCUUUGACAAUUAGAGUACUACACAACUCUCAACAACAGGAAUGAAAAGUAGCAUUGGUUCUGACCA